AAUUAUGCAACAAAAUGAACAGACGCAAAUAUACUCGCUAAGAGAGGAAUAUUGAUGAUCGUUUUCCCUUUUUCACUGGAUUUUCAGAGCGAACUUUUGUGUAUUAGUCUCGAAAACUUCAUCUGCUUCGAUGAAGAUGAUGGUCUCGAAUGGAUAUGCCGGCGGAGGAAGCAGUGGUUAUGGAUACGAUGGUAGCAAUUCGUUUAGAAACAAGAUUUACAAGCGAUUGGAACCUUGUUUGGUGAUACCGCCGCCGAGAGGUAAGCUGCUUGGCGCUAUCAUUAAGUUCCUCGAUGGCGCUAUCAUCGGAGCUAUUCCUGAAGUCACUUGCAGGUUUUUUUCCCUUCCGUUUCUUCGCUAUCAUUUGUAUUUCGAUGUAGCUACUUUAUUUGAGCUUUUGGCAAAGGAAGGGUUUCUGAUGAUUUCAGUACCUUAUAAUUUGACUUUCGAUCAUGACAUUGCCGCGAGACAAGUUUUCGAGAGGUUUUGAUGGCUGUUUGGAUGCCAUUUUAGCGUCCGGAUUGCUUGAUGAAGAUGUUUCACAUGCUCAACUUGUUAACCUUUCUCUACCGUGGAUCAUAGCAAUGGCGCGCUUCUGCAAGUACUCACAUGGAGCUAUUUCGCCGCGAAGAUUCCUAAGGCCAGCAACAGAGGCUGUUCCUUACUUUGAGCAGGGGAUGUGUGGAAGAUCUUGCUUGAUGCUGCUGGAGCUAUUGUUUCAGACAGAGAUCAAUCGAUUCCAUUACACCUGUUCCUGUGGCUGUGCGGCGCGGCUCCCAUGGAUUAUUGUAAAACGUGGUUGCUCUUCCAAUCCGAAGAGCCUUGUAAGUCUAUGACCUCCGCCAUUGCGCCAUGAAACACCACAUACAAAUGCAACAAAGGAAGUUCCCAAAUCAAUUUCAUUAUCCAAGGAAGAAGGGAUCCUAAUGGCUUCUGAUGUGUUUUGGUCCAAUAAUGACCCAACUGGAGAGAGCGAAAAAGGCAUGCAGCAGGGUGAUAUUUUGCAGCAGCAUUCGAAUUAUCAGUGUGCAGAGGAGGAUUACCUACAAGAUCCUGAUCUAUCCUGCUUCGACAUUGGGGAGAUUGGUUAGGUUAGCAUGAUUAUUUGGUUUUAUCUCAUAUCAUGCUUUUGAAUCACGGGAGAAACAAUAUCUUUUUCCCAAUCAAUAUAUAUAUAUAUAUAUGAAUCAUUAG